CUUGUGUAUCGAGCGUUGGCGCAGCCUUGCCGGUCGGCGCCGAGCAGGCUGGUGCUAAAAUUAGUUGUUCCAAAGUUGUCGGGCUGCAAAAGAGGGGGUCCAGAGAGUACGGGUGAGGGGCCCGACUUUGCAUACACACCUCAUCACGCCUGAACCCACAACGACGGAAUACAGGCCCACCUGAACCCACAAGGGCCCCGGACUUAAUAGGAUUUCGACCGGCCUUCCGGAGCCGACUCCGGCGCAAUAACCGAUGAACCCAACCGGGCCGCGGCGCCCAGCCACGCGGGCCGGCUUCGAGAUUGCCGUCAUCUGCGCUCUCCCGAUCGAAGCCGACGCCGUCGACGCCCUCUUCGACCUCCACUGGGACGAUGACGGCCCGCCCUACGACAAAGCCGCGGGCGAUCCCAACGCAUACUCAACCGGCACCGUCGGCCGCCACAACGUCGUCCUCGCACACAUGCCAGGCAUGGGCAAGGCCAGCGCCGCCGCCGUCGCUGCCCACUGCCGCGCGAGUUUCCCCAACAUCAAGCUCGCCCUCAUCGUCGGCGUUUGCGGUGUAGUCCCCUUCCGGCCCGGCAGCAGUGGGACGUCCGAGACCGUGCUCGGCGACGUCAUCGUCAGCGAUGGUGUCGUACAGUACGAUUUCGGACGGCGACUUCCCAAACAGUUCGAGCCGAAAGACACGCUUCUGGACGCACUGGGUCGGCCGAACACCGAGAUCCGCGCGCUGCUAGCCAAGCUCAGUGGUCUUCGUGGCCGGAAAAUGCUGCAGGGCAAGAUGGCCGACUAUAUGGACGUGCUCCAAGACGAGCCGGAGCUAACGGCUAUAUACCCCGGUGCUACGCAAGACAGGCUGUUUGAGGCCACGUAUCGCCAUAUCGCUGACGGAAUGUCAUGCGAAGAGUGCGGUUGCGACGGCACGCUGGUGCCGCGCACCCGCCUCGAGCAGGGCGAUGGACAGCCUGCGGUCCAUUUUGGCCUGAUUGCGUCGGGCGACACGGUCAUGAAGUCGGGCGAGGACCGCGACAACAUCGCACGGCAGGCAGGUGUCAUAGGGUUUGAAAUGGAAGGCGCCGGUGUAUGGGACGUCUUCCCUUGCGUGGUCAUCAAGGGGGCGUGCGACUACGCGGACAGCCACAAGAACAAGGCGUGGCAGCGGUACGCGGCGGCGACGGCGGCGGCAUGCAUGAAGGCUUUCUUGGUCUACUAUGUGCCUUCGGUACCAGGAUCUCUUCCUCUUCCCGAGCAGCCUACCGGACCUUGGUUCCUUGUUCCCUAUACCGAGAAUAUGACUUUCAUUGGGCGGGAAUCCAUCCUCAAUCAACUCCAACAACAGCUUUUGGGCCCGGCUCCGAAGAUCGCGCUCUUCGGCCUCGGCGGUGUCGGAAAAACGCAAAUCGCUCUGGCGUAUAUAUACCGGCUCCGACGGACGAGGCCAGAGGUUUCAGUCUUCUGGGUCCAUGCGAGCAAUGCAGAACGAUUCCGGCAAGCAUAUGCGUCUAUCGCUCAGGAAUGCCAAGUACCGGGCUACGACGACCCAAAGGCAGACGUUUUAUUCCUGGUGAAAGCUUGGCUGGAGAGGAACGAUUGCGGCCAGUGGCUGAUGGUCAUCGACAAUGCCGACGAUAUGCAGCUCUUCUUCGGACAGCAUAUGGGGCUUGUGAAUGCUAGCUCUUCCAGCCAUAAGGAGGGCCUCGGACGGUACCUCCCCGAGUGCCCGCACGGCGCUAUUCUUGUCACAACCAGGAACAAGCAGGCCGGCUCGAGGCUGACCAAGGGAAAACGCCCCAUCGAGGUCGGGAAGAUGGACGAAGGUGAGACAGACCGGUUGCUCCGCGCACGCCUUAACGGAAUCAGCGUUGAUUUUAGGGAAUCAUCUGCACUUUCCGUCCGCCUGGAACACCUUCCGCUUGCGCUCGUGCAGGCAGCAGCAUUCAUCCAAGAGAAUACUAUAGAUGUCAGCCAGUAUCUUGAACUCUUAGACAACAGCGAUCAAUACCUCGUCGAUCUGCUCGGCGAGGAAUUUGAGAUCGACGGGAGAGACUCGGAGACCCCUCGUGCAGUGGCUGAGACAUGGAUUCUCUCAUUUGAGCAGAUUCAACGGCAGAAUGCCUUCACAGGCGAGCUUUUGUCGCUCAUGAGCCUCUUCGACCGGCAGGCCAUUCCGUUGGAAUUCCUAUCCCGUUAUAGUGAGCAACGAGGACAAGAGCAAACGGGGGGGAUACAGCUCACGAAGGCAUUGGGGGUUCUAAAGGCGUUUUCUUUCGUAGUGGAGGAGAAGGAUCAUGGCUUGGACAUGCACCGGCUCGUGCAGUUGGUGACGCGAAAGUGGCUCGUCAAAAACGGCCGGAUGAGGCAUUUUAGCGGGCAGGCACUGUUGGCGGUGUCGCACUGCUACCCAUUCGGGCGGUAUGAGGAUUGGGCGAUAUGCAGCGCAUACCUUGCGCACGCAUAUGCAGUGCUGGGCGGUGAAGGCACUGGUUCAAGGGACGAGAAGGCUGGAAGGGCGACUCUCCUGCACUCUGUUGCGGGAUUCUACAUGUACCGAGGCCAAUGGAAAGAUGUCGAGAGGUUCCAGGCUGAAGCUGUUGAGCUACGAGAGGAAGUUCUGGGGGCCGAUCAUCCCCACACGCUGAUCAGCAUGGGCAACCUGGCGUCGACGUAUCGAAACCAGGGCCGGUGGGAUGAGGCCGAGAAGCUGGAGGUACGGGUGAUAGAGACGUUCAAGACGAAGCUCGGGCCCAAUCAUCCCGACACGCUGAUCAGCAUAGGCAACCUGGCGUUCACGUAUAAGAUUCAGGGCCGGUGGGAGGAGGCUGAGAACUUGGAGGUGCAGGUGAUGGAAACUCGCAAGACGAACAUAAGCCACCUGGCGUGGACAUACCGGAAUCAGAGCCGGUGGAAGGAGGCCGAGAAGCUGGAGGUACAGGUGAUGGAGGCUCGCAAGACGAAGCUCGGGCCCAAUCAUCCCGACACGCUGAUCAGCAUGGGCAACCUGGCGUUGACGUAUAAGAAUCAGGGCCGGUGGGAGGAGGCUGAGAAGCUCCGAUGUACUACAAGCCAAAGAACUUGA